AUGUCAGGGCAUGUGGGCCACAAGAUCAGGCUAUCAGCCUUAAGAAUACGGCCCCAGGUCUGGCAAAACAGUAGUGGAAAAUGCCUUCAUUAUCAUGAGCCUCAUUCCACUUUGCAUCCAACAACACGGCUUCAGAGAACCGGGCAGAGGAGGCAUUUUGGUGGUGCAGACAUAGCAGGUGGUCUCCUCAGGGGUUCAGAGUACCUCGUCACCAACAUUCACGAGCUGACCGGCACACCAUGGUUCAUCUCGAUCCCACUCGUAGCGCUUGUCGUGAGCGCUGCCAUCCGGACGCCUCUGACGCUCUACACGCACCACAUGGCACGGAGGAGGGCAAACCUGCUGCCGCUGAUCCAGGCACAGACGGCCCUGAUCGGGCUCGGUCUGCGCAAGAAGGCGGUGCCGAAUCUAAGGGACAGAGUGCGUCAGCUCAUGAAGAAGCAGACUAAGGAUCUUUUCGGCGUCUUUGCCAUCAAUCAGAGAAACUCGAUAUUGGGUGGGCUGCUGAGCUUGCCGAUCUUUUUGAGCAAUCUCGAGGUCAUUCGGAGGAUGUGUGGUGGGCCUAGAGGCUUGCUGGGGAAUCUGAUGUUCAGGUCUUCGAAUCGCGAUAUCACCACCCAAGAAGUCACGGAGGCGACACAACCUGUACCUAUACCUGCAUCCUCGGUCGACUUGUCGUCUUCAGCGACCGAUCUGAGCCAAGCUACAGUCUCCGUCAGCCCUGACGCUCUCGCCUCCAUCUCCAUGGAGCCAUCGUUCGCAACAGGCGGCUGCCUCUGGUUCCCUGACCUCCUGGUUUCGGAUCCAUAUCACGUCCUCCCCAUCGCCGUCUCUGCUGUGUUGGUCUUGCAUAUGAUUCCCGAGACCACAGCGGCAAGGAGGGAACUAUUUGGCCUCAGCCCCGUCGCCGGGGACAAAAACGCAUCUUUGUUAGGACAGACGCGCGGGCGUCGUGCCUUUCAGAGAACGAUGCUGAUCAUGGCUCUUGCUAUUGGGCCGAUCACGAUGGAUAUGCCUGCUGCAUUGCAUCUGUAUUGGUUGUCUUCCGCCAGCUUCAGCCUAGCUGUCAGCAAGGGCAUCAAAGUGUUGUUGCCCAUACCGAAACAUACUAUCAAGCCAUGUCGGGGUAUGGAAAUGCCAUUGCUCAAACCCAAACCGCCUACAUCAAGAGCAUGA